AUGGCACACGACAUUUCCAACGACCAACCACCACCGGAAAUAUCAACAACAACCACACCAACACCUCUCCUCCGCCGCAACUUCUUCCGUCUCCCCUCAACCCUCAAACUAAAGACCUCCCUCUGGUCAGAACUCUCCGGCGCCGUCGGCGAUUUAGGAACAUACAUCCCAAUCGUACUAGCUUUAUCCUUAGUCAACAAUCUCGAUCUAACAACAACUCUCGUCUUCACUUCUCUCUACAACAUCAUCACCGGACUUUUCUUCGGACUUCCCAUGCCAGUCCAGCCUAUGAAAUCCAUCGCCGCAGUCGCCAUCUCGGAAUCGCCACCUCUCACAAUUCCUCAAAUCUCCGCCGCCGGUUUAUCCGUCGCCGCCGUACUCCUCUUUCUCGGAACAACCGGUCUCAUGUCUUUUCUCUACCGUUACCUCCCUCUCCCGGUAGUUCGCGGCGUUCAACUCUCUCAGGGACUUCAAUUCGCUUUCUCCGCCAUUAAAUAUAUUCGCUACCAACAAGAUUUAUCUUCUGCUUCAUCAAAAACCGGUCCAGUCCGUCCUUGGUUUAGUCUGGACGGACUGGCCCUGGCUCUUGUUGCUGUUCUUUUUCUUGUUCUCACCACAGGCGCUGGCGAGGACAAUCAUCAAGAACAACAACACGAGCUUGAUGAAAAUGCGUAUGAUAGUGACGAUAGAAUUGAUAAUCUUCGACGAAAUAAAAUUCGUCGAAGAUUGAAGAUUCUAUCCAUGGUUCCCUCGGCUUUGAUUGUGUUCUUGUUUGGAUUGUUAUUGUGUUUUAUUCGGGAUCCUUCGAUUUUUCAUGAUUUGCAAUUUGGUCCUUCUAAGAUUAAGUUGAUUAGAAUCACUUGGGAUGAUUUUAAAGUUGGAUUUGUCAGGGCUGCAAUCCCGCAAAUUCCGUUAUCGAUUUUGAAUUCGGUUAUUGCGGUUUGUAAACUUUCCGGAGACUUGUUUCCGGAAAGAGAAGCUUCAGCUAUGAAGGUUUCAGUGAGUGUUGGAGUGAUGAAUUUUGUUGGAUGUUGGUUUGGUGCCAUGCCAUGUUGCCAUGGAGCAGGAGGAUUGGCUGGUCAGUAUAGGUUUGGAGGUAGGAGUGGUGCUUCAGUUGUGUUUCUUGGGAUUGGUAAAUUGUUGAUUGCUUUGGUUUUCGGGAACUCUUUUGGGAGAAUUUUGGGUCAGUUUCCUAUUGGGAUACUUGGAGUGUUACUUUUGUUUGCUGGGAUUGAAUUGGCUAUGGCUUCUAAGGAUAUGAGUAGUAAACAAGAAUCUUUUGUUAUGUUUGUUUGUGCUGCUGUUUCUUUGACUGGCUCUAGUGCUGCUUUAGGGUUUUUUGUUGGGAUUGUUCUUUACUUGCUGUUGAAGUUGAGAGAACUUGAUUGUGGAUUUGGGUUUUUGUCUAAUUCUAAUAAGGACAAAUCUUCUAAGGAUGAGGAAGCUCACUUAAUUGCCUAA